AUGCAAUUUGUGCCUAUGGACGCAUUUGAUCAACAAAUGGUUAUUUUAAAUAGAAUAUUUGGCUAUCAAUUAGCUGCAAUGUCAGAAAGAAUAUCAUCGUUAGAAUCAUGCUUAUGGUUUGGAAAAUGUGAAAACAAACUUCCAGACAUGCCUACAGCAGAAUUUACGCCUCCAAAUAACCUUUGGUGUCCAUGGAAGGCUCAGAGUUGUACAAGGGGUUUAGAAAUCAAAGGCAAAGGAACAAUUGAAAUAGCCCAGUUGGAACCGAUACCAUUUGAAUUGACACUUUCUGAUGCGCAAGACCUUAGUGAAAGUCAAUAUGCAAUAAGACUGACUGUCAACAAAGGCAUAGCUAGUUUUCAUAAAAUUAUUAAGAGCAAAGCGGUAUUAAUCAAUAAAACAGAUGACGAGAAUCAAGUACUACACUCGCAUUAUUCAAAUACAGUUAAUGCAUGGAAUGAAGCACAUAAAUACUGGUUUAGUAUUGACUCUAAUAACCUCUUUGUUAAAUAUGGUCAAGGUGAAGUUCGUGAUAAAUUGACACUGCUGAAGAGCACUAUCGAUCAGAACGAAAAAAGCGACAUGAAACAAAUUCAGUACAUUCACUUGACAAUGAAUAACAGUCAAAAUUUAGAAGAAUUAAUAAGUUUUAAAUACAAAAUUCGUAUUCAUAUCGGACAAAAUGCCGUAGUUCUCGAACCACCAUUGUUCAUCGUUCCUGCUUUACAAAUUUCUGACCUGACACACAAUAAGGCUAUUCUACCAUCACGUCUUGAAAGACCAAAUCAACUUCUGUUCAAUGAUAUCGUCCAUUGGGACCUGAACACGACAGAUUUUCCGAAUUUCGUACCAGCUAUUGAUUACAGUUGCUCAGAACCAGAAGGAUGGUGUUACAAGACACUGCAUGAAAAAGCCAGUCGUUUCGGUAAACACAACAUCGAAGCAACAUAUCUUCGAAUCACAAUGGGUGUCAAUGAAGGAAAUUCACCGGGACAUCCCUAUGUAUUGGAAAUAUGGCCACCUGGACAUUAUAGUCCAAUACACGUUCACAGCAACUCAUACGGAAUUAUUCGGGUACUUCAUGGUAAAAUCACUACCGAAUUGUAUUCAACGUUCAAUGUUAAUCAUCAAAUACCAUUUGCGACAAAAUUAUUUCAAAAAGAUGAUGUUACAUGGCUAUCUCCUGGCUUGAAUCAAAUUCAUCGCGUUAUUAACACGUCACCAAAUCUUUGUAUCACCAUUCAAGCUUACCAAUAUGGUCACAACGACCAGGAUCAUUACGAGUAUUUUGAUUAUAUAAAAAACGAUCGUAAAAGUAUCGGACAUUUUGAUCCAAAAAGUGAUAUGGACUAUGUUCAAUUUAAAAAAUUAAUCAAAAAAGAAUGGGUGGAUGAAGCUAAAAAUAUGCCAUGA